AUGCGUCUGUUCGCCUUACUAUUCUCCAUAUUCCUUAAUCUAGAUGCUUAUAAAAUCCUGGUGUAUACCAGUUUAUUCGGUCACAGCCAUGUGAAAAUGUUGGGAAGUGUCGCCGAUAUUCUGACAGACGCCGGACACAAUGUGACGGUUUUGAUGCCGAUCAUCGAUGUGAACGAGAGGAAUCGAACCGGAUUGAAGAGCACCAAAAAUCUCAUAAUGGUGGAGCCUUGUGAAAAUGGAAUUGAUGCCUUCGAGAACCUCAAACGAGAUAUGAGUCUCAUGUGGAACGCCGAACAGGGAAAUCCAUUAAGUCUUGUGUCGAAGCUGCAACAAAUGUCGGAGGUUUUCAUGCAUCCAUGCGAUAAUGUGAUUGGUCAGAAGGAUCUCAUCGAGAGGAUGAAGGCCGAGAAGUUUGAUCUCGGAGUCGCUGAGCCAUUUGAUUUCUGUGGAUACGCGUUCUUCGAAGCCAUCCAGAUCCGCGCGCAUGUCUCUGUUGUGGCAGCGGCUCGUAUGGACCACGUUUCGGAGGCAAUGGGCCAGCCAAUGGCUGCCAGCUAUGUACCAGGUGCUCAAUCGGUGUAUUCUGAUCGCAUGAAUAUGAAGGAGAGAUUCUUGAAUCUACUUCUGACCAAAGCUGGUGGACUUAUGUUCUCCUAUAUUGCUGAUUCCGAGUUUGACUUGCUGCAGAAGAAGUACCCCGAUGUUAUCAAGAGAUCUUGGAGGGAAAUUUUCCCCGAAACCACCUACCUGUUUACCAACAGUAUACCAAUUAUGGAUUACCCCGCACCAACUUUUGACAAGAUCAUUCCGAUCGGCGGAAUUUCUGUGGUCACUGACAAAAAGAAGAACGCGCUUCCUGAGAAAUGGGACAAAGUGUUGAAUAUUCGCAAAAAGAAUGUGCUCAUUUCAUUCGGCUCGAAUGCAAAAUCGAUUGAUAUGCCCGAAGAGUACAGGAGAUCUCUGCUGAAGAUGUUCGCCAUGACGCCCGAUGUGACAUUCAUCUGGAAGUACGAAGAGGAGAACUCAAAGAUUGUCGACCAUCUCGACAACGUCUUCCUCGGAACAUGGCUUCCUCAGAAUGAGCUUCUCGCCGACAAACGGCUCACUGUAUUCUUGACACACGGCGGUCUCGCGAGCACUUUUGAGAUGGCUCUGCUCGGCAAGCCGUGCAUCAUGGUUCCGAUCUUUGCCGAUCAGGCCAGGAAUGCUCAGAUGCUUCAGAGGCAGGGUAGUGCAUUGGUGUUGAAUAAAGAGAAUCUUGGCGAUCCGAACAAGAUCAAGGAAGCAUUGGAGAAGAUAAUGAAUGAUGACACAUUCGUGAAAAAUGCGACUCGUUUGGCUGAAAUGCUCAAUAAUCGACCUACAAAUCCGCGUGAGACCUUCGUCAAACACGUGGAAUUCGCGGCAAGAUUCGGGCGAAUGCCUUCGAUGGAGCCAUAUGCCCGCCAUCAAUCAUUCAUCGAACACUUCUUCUUGGAUAUUAUUGCGAUUGGCCUCCUCAUCGUGAUUACUAUCCUAGUCUACUCAAAUCUACUCGCUCAUAGUCAUGUGAAAAUGUUGGGAAGUGUCGCCGAUAUUCUGACAGACGCCGGACACAAUGUGACGGUUUUGAUGCCGAUCAUCGAUGUGAACGAGAGGAAUCGAACCGGAUUGAAGAGCACCAUGAAUGUGGUGUAUGUCGAGCCGACCGAAGCAAUUUUGGAGAUGCUCAAUGAGUUGAGAAAUGAUAAAGGGUUCCUAUGGAAAAACGAACAAGGCAAUCCGUUGUCUCUUCUUUCAAGACUCCAUGCAAUGUCAGAGGCUUUCAAGCAUCCGUGUGACAAUGUGAUUGGUCAGAAGGAUCUCAUCGAGAGGAUGAAGGCUGAGAAGUUUGAUCUCGGAGUCGCUGAGCCAUUUGAUUUCUGUGGAUACGCGUUCUUCGAAGCCAUCCAGAUCCGAGCGCACGUCUCUGUUGUGGCAGCGGCUCGUAUGGACCACGUUUCGGAGGCAAUGGGCCAGCCAAUGGCUGCCAGCUAUGUACCAGGCACCCAAUCGGUGUAUUCCGAUCGCAUGAAUAUGAAGGAGAGAUUCUUGAAUCUUCUUCUGACCAAAGCUGGUGGAAUUAUGUUCUCCUAUGUUGCCGAUUCCGAGUUUGACUUGCUGCAGAAGAAGUACCCCGAUGUUAUCAAGAGAUCUUGGAGGGACAUUCUUCCGGAAACGACCUACCUGUUUACCAACAACAUUCCAAUUUUAGACUUCCCAGCGCCAACAUUCGAUAAGAUCAUUCCGAUCGGCGGAAUUUCUGUGGUCACGGAUAGGAAGAAGAAUACGCUUCCUGAGAAAUGGGACAAAGUGUUGAAUAUUCGCAAAAAGAAUGUGCUCAUUUCAUUCGGCUCGAAUGCAAAAUCGAUUGAUAUGCCCGAAGAGUACAGGAGAUCUCUGCUGAAGAUGUUCGCCAUGAUGCCCGAUGUGACAUUCAUCUGGAAGUACGAAGAGGAGAACUCGAAGAUUGUCGACCAUCUCGACAACGUCUUCCUCGGAACAUGGCUUCCUCAGAAUGAGCUGCUCGCCGACAAACGGCUCACUGUGUUCUUGACACACGGCGGUCUCGCGAGCACUUUUGAGUUGGCUCUGCUCGGCAAGCCGUGCAUCAUGGUUCCGAUCUUUGCCGAUCAGGCCAGGAAUGCUCAGAUGCUUCAGAGGCAGGGUAGUGCAUUGGUGUUGAAUAAAGAGAAUCUUGGCGAUCCGAACAAGAUCAAGGAAGCAUUGGAGAAGAUAAUGAAUGAUGACACAUUCGUGAAAAAUGCGACUCGUUUGGCUGAAAUGCUCAAUAAUCGACCUACAAAUCCGCGUGAGACCUUCGUCAAACACGUGGAAUUCGCGGCAAGAUUCGGGCGAAUGCCUUCGAUGGAGCCAUAUGCCCGCCAUCAAUCAUUCAUCGAACACUUCUUCUUGGAUAUUAUUGCGAUAGGCCUCCUCGUCGUGAUUACUGUAGCUACCGUAUCCUUCUGGAUCCUUCGAUGUCUUCUCAGGAGAAUUUUUGGCGGUGCAAAAGUCAAAUCGGAAUAA